AAGGUGUGGCCCCGUCGUGGGCUGUCCUGGGGAACUCGGCCCUGGGUGUGGGCUGAAGUCGCUGUACUCCUGUUCUGCAGCUCCCUCUCUUGGGGCAUGGCAGGACCGGCUUCUCAGAGCAGCCUGGCAGGAAGAGUCCCUCCCUUCCCCUGUGGUCACUCUCCAGGGUCUCUCUUAUACAGAUGGGUGGUUUCUAAGAGAGACCAGGCUGCGGCCCAGGCCCCUCAGCAGGCCAAAGCUAUGGUCUUGGAAUGCACAGUUUCCAACAACCCCCAGGAACAACUGGGCUCUCAGGAGAGAGCUUGGCUCUAAGCCUUGACCGUCCAGAGCCCACCCGAUCACAGCCUCAGAAUGGCCUCUAGCCCUGACGGGAUGCCUAGCCCACAGCCCUCCAGAGCCAAUGGGAACAUCAACCUGGGACCUUCGGCCAACCCAAAUGCCAGGCCCACAGACUUCGACUUCCUCAAAGUCAUUGGCAAGGGGAACUAUGGGAAGGUCCUACUAGCCAAGCGCAAGUCCGACGGGAUGUUCUACGCAGUGAAGGUGCUGCAGAAAAAAUCCAUCUUAAAGAAUAAAGAGCAGAGCCACAUCAUGGCGGAACGCAAUGUGCUGCUGAAGAACGUGCGGCACCCCUUCCUCGUGGGCCUGCGCUAUUCUUUCCAGACGCCCGAGAAGCUCUACUUUGUACUCGACUAUGUCAAUGGAGGAGAGCUCUUCUUCCACCUGCAGCGGGAGCGUAGGUUCCUGGAGCCCCGGGCCAGAUUCUAUACUGCUGAAGUGGCCAGCGCCAUUGGCUACCUGCACUCCCUCAACAUCAUUUACAGGGACCUAAAACCGGAGAACAUUCUCUUGGACUGCGAGGGACACGUGGUGCUGACGGACUUCGGCCUUUGUAAGGAAGGUGUGGAGCCCGAGGACACCACAUCCACAUUCUGUGGCACCCCCGAGUACUUGGCUCCUGAAGUGCUUCGUAAGGAGCCUUACGAUCGGGCGGUGGACUGGUGGUGCUUAGGAGCAGUCCUCUACGAGAUGCUACAUGGCCUGCCACCCUUCUACAGCCAAGACGUGUCCCAGAUGUAUGAGAACAUUCUGCACCAGCCACUCCAGAUUCCCGGAGGCCGGACAGUGGCUGCCUGCGACCUCCUGCAAGGCCUUCUCCACAAAGACCAGAGGCAGAGGCUGGGCUCCAAGGCAGACUUUCUGGAGAUAAAGAACCAUGUAUUCUUCAGUCCCAUAAACUGGGAUGACUUGUACCACAAGAGACUGACGCCGCCCUUCAACCCAAAUGUGGCAGGACCUGCUGACUUGAAACACUUUGACCCAGAGUUCACCCAAGAAGCAGUCUCCAAGUCUAUUGGCUGCACCCCUGAUACUAUGGCUAGCAGCUCAGGGGCCUCAAGUGCAUUCCUGGGAUUUUCCUAUGCCCCUGAGGAUGAUGACUUCUUGGACUGCUAGGAGAAGCACUUGUGAAGCCUCUGAGGCCAGCUGGUAAUAGGAGGAAUUACUUUCAGCUGCUAGUAAGACUCAAAGUAAUGUAAUAAGUUUGAUGGAUUAAACAAGAAGUAGGGUCAUUUUUUCCCCAUCAGAGAGAAGGACAUUGUUAGGUGACCUGGGCUGGUAGGAAGCUCAUUAGAUACUCAGAGGCUUUCCAUAUUUCUAUUGGGUCUCUUGACAAAUGGCUUCUGAUAGUAGAGUUGAUAUGUUAUCACAAGAUGGUUACUGGUUCUCUAGUCUCCAUUUUUGUGUCCUGGACAGGCAAAAGGAGGAAAAGAGAGGGGACAUCAAAGUGCUUUCCCUGCUGGAUGCAGUGUACAUGCUUAUACUCCCAGUGACACAGGAGGCUGAGGCAGGCAGAUUGCAAUUUGAGCCAGCCUCAGCAAUUUAGCAAGACCCUCAGCAAUGUAGCCAGAACUUGUCUCAAAAUAAAAGAUUAAAAAAAAAAAAGAACUGGGGAACUGGGGAUGUGGGUUUGAUCCCCAGUACCCUGGCCCCCAAAAGUGUUUUCCCAGAAGCUCCAUCCAAUGACUUGCACUGAUAUCUCAUUAACCAUCCUUUACUGCUGUAAUGGAGCCUGGGUGCACGAAGACCCUUAAUAGCAAAGAGCUCUAAUGCUAAGGGAGAUGUGGAGAAUAUUGGGUGGGCAACUGGCAUUCUUUACCAGAAGGCCUCUUAGUGCAUAAAAAGACAGAGCUAUAACAAGACUACAAGGUACUACCCAAUCUCUCUUAUUCUGUGUUGAUAGUUUCUUUCUUUGUUGUGGGUAGUGUACUGGAUAUGUACUCUUUGCUAUUAUUGGGUUUGGCUGCCUGGCAUCUAAGCCCCUUCUAAUAGACAGGGAAUACCUUAUGAGCCUUGAUGAGUCUCCCUAUCUCCACUCAAAAUGCCAUAUAUUGACUUUCCCCUGAGCUAGGGCCAGGAAUGUGACCCAGCAAUACACCCAUUCCAUGCUUUGAACCAAAAAGGGAUCAGAAGCUCUCUUUCAGGUGGCAGCUGUGGUAAAGGUACCCACAAAACUAGGUUCCUGGUGUAGAGGUGACAACAGUACAAAUUGUACUAGUAAUGAGUCCUCAGCAGCAGCAACUGGAGCAGUUUCCUCAUCAGCCCAGUGCUGCAGCAUCUGUCAUUCCCGGAAGCCUCAAGUCCCAUUCUCAAGCUGUGCCAAGGACUUAAAGAGCAUCUGACUCACCGUUACGUACAACGAUAAUGCACUAAUAAAAAUAUGGAAAGUAAAGGGCUGGGGAUGUAGCUCAGUGAUAGAGCACUUCUGGGUUCAUUCCUCAGUACCACCAAUAUAAAUAAUAACAUAAAAAUUGGGGGGCAGGUCUAGGGGAUUGAACCCAGGGGUGCUCUACCAUUAAGCUACAUCCUCAGCCCUUUUUAAAAUUUUGAGAUAGGGUCUUGCUAAGUUGCAAACUUGCAACCCUUCUGCCUCAGACUAAGCUUCUGAGCCUUUUAACACUCCUUUUUUUUUUUUUUGGCUUAAUUGGGCAAAGUCAGUUUCAGAAUGGCUGUCUAUGCUGAGUGAGUUUCUGUGUUAGACUAUUCAUUGCCCAUUAGCAAUUUUCUUCCAAAUAACCAUAAGAAGGAAUUAUUACGAUUUUAUUUUUUGCCAAUUGAGAAACAGAGUUGGAGAAGUAACUUCUUGCUUGAAGGCUAGGCCGCUAAUAAAGGCUAGAUCUGGGAUUUAGAUCCACGUAACCUGGCUCCAGGGCUCUCACCUUUAACCUCUGUGUGAGUUUGCCCUUCACUCAGACUGUUAGGUCCAAGCAGAAUGACCAUCAAAAUCUGUAAUGAGAGCUAAAGUAAGAAUUGGCUAGAAUAAGCCAGGUGGUGAGAAAAAGAGGUCUUGUGGAAGAGACAGUGAACUGGACUCCCACUCAUGGUCUUAGUUUGGUUGUCAAGUUCAUGCCCUGCCCCACUUCACAUGGACAGCCCAGGCCCUGGUGACCAGAGCUUCCUGGUCACUUAUACAGCUCUGUAUGUUCAGAAUUAGUCCUUUCUAAAGGCAAUUCAUAUUGGACAGAAUGUGAACAUGUACAACCUCAGGAAUUCAAGACUGCUCUUUUUUUUUAAAUUUAAUUUUAUUUUUUAAAGAGAGAGUGUGAGGGGAGAGAGAGAAUUUUUUAAUAUUUAUUUUUUAGUUUUUGGCGGACACAACAUCUUUGUUUGUAUGUGGUGCUGAGGAUCGAACCCAGGCCGCACGCAUGCCAGGCGAGCGCGAUACCGCUUGAGCCACAUCUCCAGCCCUCAAGACUGCUCUUAUGGGAUGAAUUAUACUGCCUUAUUUUGGUAGAAAAGUGUUUUUUUUUUUUUUUCACAAACCUGUAGUAUAUACUUCAUGUGGCUUUAUUAAGUUUUUUGGUUUGGAGACAAGGGGAGAAAGUUUCUUAGGAUCAGUGUGCUGGCAAUUUUAUUGCCUUUGCCUCUGAACUCAGUCCCACUCUCUUCCUUCCAUUUUGUUUCCCUCAAUCUCCUACCCCAGGAAUUAUGGGGGUGGCCGGGAGAGUAUGGAAAGAACACUAAGGACACUGACCUAAAGCUGGGUCAGGAAGAACUGAUGUUAAGUUUUGACAUGUGCUGAGAAUAUUGAAAUAAACUGAUUUCCAUCUUAAUAGUGCUUGCUAACUGCCAAAUUUGGAAUGUGAGGACAAAAUCCCAACUCAUCAAAGCAAAAAUCAAGAGUGUAACUAUCAGACACGAUAGUUCUGUUAAAAGUACACAAUCAGCUAUGAAUUGUGAAGAGAGUGGUUCUAUCCAAGACUGUAAAGUCACAAAAAUUUUCACCAGGACAGAAAAUAAAAAUGAAGAAAAACUAUGCUACUGAAUUGAUCAUGCUACACCUAUGUUUACGGAGCACAUUCUAAGUUUUAUAUGUAUGUUUUACAAUUCUCACUAUAAGCCAGCAUUUAGAAAUUAUUAACCUCAUUUUAUAGGUAGGAAACAUUCACUCAGAGAUUAAGCAAGUUCUUGCACCCAUCUGGUGCAAGUCACAGCCAGGAACAGAAUUUGGCGGCAGGUGACUGUAAAAACCUUGUUAUUUCAAAAACCUAUGACAGUGAGAGAAGUGCUUUUGGGCAGGUGCUCUUGGUCUUCAAGCAAAUACUGACUGCACAAAAGGCAGAAGGAUCAGAAGGAUCCAACUACAUGACUUCCAUUUUUCUCCCUAACUGCAGACUGUAUUCAUCCAACUGUGCACCAGUAGCAGCAUCUGUAAGAGAAUUUGUCCAGGAGAUACAGCUCAGUGGUAGGGCAUUUUUGCACGUGGAUGCCCUGGGUUCCAUUCCUUGCACAGGGGGAAAACAAAGCAAAACAAACAAAAACCUCUCAUUCACCCUCUUCCUCUUUUAAAUCUGCUGUCUUGGUAGUUGUGAAAAACCAACAAGUUGUGUGUGUUUUAAUACCCUAAACUCCCAAUACUCUGUAUAUACUGAAGACAAACAUAAAUGUAAACGAAAACUGUUA